AUGAGAUUCCUAAAAUUGUUAUUAAAUAUUGGCGUAAUAUUGAUCACAAGACCGGUUUCUUGCAUCGAUAAUAAUUUACAAAUUAUUGAUCGUUUACCCAACAACACGAUACCUAGUCAUUAUAACAUCAAUCUGAAACUGUAUCUCGAAGAAGGCAACUUUACUUUUCACGGUGAAUCCAAUGUCAAUAUCGAGAUUCUUUAUAGAUCGUCAAAAAUAAGCUUACAUUCGAGAAAUUUAGAAAUAAAUGAAACAGCGACAACAUUGAUUAAUGAUAAAGAUACGCUUUAUAAACCGAUGAAACAUAUUCAUAAUAAUGUAACGAAUAUUUUGACAUUGAAUUUCAACAAUGUAUUAUUACCCGGUCUUUACAUCUUAAACAUGAAAUUUUCUGGUAAUCUAUUACCUGUAUCUCAACGAGGAGGUUUUAUGAAAUUUCCAUACACAAUUGGUAAAGGAAACGACACUAAAUGGUUAGCUGCAACGUAUUUUGAGCCGUAUUACGCCAGACGAACAUUUCCAUGUUGGGACGAGCCAGCAUUAAAAGCCACCUUCAACAUUUCUGUAAAGCAUCAUCAAAAGUAUGGCGUAUUGUCGAAUAUGCCAAUACGAGAGCAAUUUUUAGAACAAGAUGGCAUGAUGCAGACACACUUUGACAUCACUCCUAUAAUGUCUACUUAUAUCGUAGCGAUUGUAAUGUCCGAUUUUGUCCGCGUUCCCAAUGCAAACGAGACGAUCAAUAUGUGGUGCAAGUCGUCUUUGACGUCGAAAGUAAAAUUCGCACACAGUAUUACUGAAAAGGCCGUAGAGUUCUUAAUUGAAUAUACCAAUAGUUCUCAGAAAGUACCGAAAAUGGACCACUUCUUGUUACCGAAUUUUACAAUUAGUGGCAUGGAAAAUUGGGGACUCAUCAUUUAUCAUGAAUUAAAAAUUAUCUACGAUGACAGCGAUCCAAUAUAUCGGAAAACAGAAAUAGCGUUGAUAGUAUCACACGAACUUGCACAUCAAUGGUUUGGCAAUUUGGUGACUCCAUCUUGGUGGUCUUAUCUGUGGUUAAGCGAGGGACUUGCUGCGUUCUUCGAAAUGUACAUAACAAACAAGAUUUUCCAAGAUUCGCGGUUGAUAGAUUUUCUUCUAAUUCGGACAAUACAGCAAUGUUUUCUUCGAGAUAUAGGUUCAAUGAAUUCUGUCACAUUGAAACUUGACGAUACUUUCGAAAAGGAGCUGUUUUCUGUAGAAGUUUAUAAAAAAGCGCCAGUUUUAUUGCGCAUGUUACAUAAUACAAUUACUGAUGAGGUAUUUAGAAAAGGUCUCAUUACGUAUUUAACCACGCAUCAAUUUAGUUCGGCCAGUCCAGAUGAUUUGUGGAGCGCCAUGCAAAGUGCUCUAGAUGAAUCUGAUGUCCCACACAAAGAUUAUAGAAUAAAAGAAGUGAUGGAUACUUGGAUGAACCAAGGACGUUAUCCUUUUGUAGACGUGGCAAGAAAUUACGAAACUGGCGAAGUGACAAUAUCACAAACACCUGUCCGACUAUUUAAUGAGAUUACUAAAACUAUAACUAAAUGGUGGAUUCCUAUAACUUUCGCUACGCAAUCCAAUCCGGAUUUUUCCAAUACUGUACCUCGUUAUUGGUUACGACCAGAUCAACAUAAUAUAAGCUUUACAAUUAAUCCAAAUGAUUGGAUUAUUGUCAAUUUACAACAAACUGGAUAUUAUCGUGUUAGUUACGAUAGCAAGAAUUAUCAAAAAAUUUCACAUUAUUUAAAUAGUAAAGAAUAUAAAAAUAUACAUGUUCUUAAUCGUGCUCAAAUCAUGAUUGAUUUGCUUGCUAUGGUGUUUGCUGAUCGAAUAAACGGGAAUUUAUUCGUUGAUCUGAUAAGUUAUCUCUCUAAAGAAAGAGAAUAUGCGCCAUGGCUACCAUUAUUUCAAAUGAUAGAAAGUAUUUCGCCAAACAUUCUUUUACUACAAGAGUUCUAUCAUAUUAAGGUACGUUUAGUGCAACUCCUUGAGAGACUUCUUCACUAUGUAGGAUACAUAGACAAUCCUAAUGAUGAUGCUGUCACAAAACUGACAAGGCUAAGCGUCUUAAAAUGGGCAUGUACUCUUGGUCACGAGGAAUGCAAGAAAAUUACCGCACUUAAAUUAAGUGAACAUCUCGUGCAUCCUGAAACUCACAAAAUUCUAUAUGAGGAUCAAUCUAUGUACUACUGUACUGGUAUGAUGGCAGCCAAUAUGACUACUUGGAAUAAAAUGUUGGAAUUAUAUCUAAAAAAUAAAAAAUUCGAAAAACAUAUAUUAGAAUAUUUGAAUUGUGCUGAAGAUCCUGAUAUCAUUAUCAAUUAUUUAAAUAUUAUAUCAUUGGACACUUCAUUAUUUCACAAUGAGCAUUCUCUUGUUUUCAAUGAUGUUCUUAAGAAGCAUGCGCGCAAUGACAAAAUCCGUGACUACGUAUUAAAAAAUUUUGGGAUUAUAAAACCUAGAUUAUUUACUAUAACUGCAGCGAUAGAACUUAUUCUUGAGAAUGUUUAUUCUAACGAACAAAUUGACAAGAUUUUCAAAAAUUAUAGGCAUACGACGAAACUAUUUAUGAUUCAGAGAAUACAGCAAUGUCUUCUUCAAGAUACAGGCUCAUUAAAUUUUGUCACAAUGAAAUUUGGCAGUACUUUUGAAGAUAACUCAUUGAAUCCUCUUGUUUAUAAAAAAGCAUCAGUUUUAUUACGCAUGUUACAAAAUACAAUUACCAAUGAGGUAUUUCGAAUGGGUCUCAUUACAUAUUUGACCAAGCAUCAGUUUAGUUCGGCUACUCCGGACGAUUUGUGGAGCGCCAUGCAAAGUGCUCUAGACGAAUCUUAUGUACCGCACGAAGAUUACAGAAUAAAAGAAGUGAUGGAUACUUGGAUGAAUCAAGAACGCUAUCCUUUUGUACACGUGGAGCGAAAUUACGAAACUGGCGAAGUAACAAUAUCACAAACAUAUGUCCGGCAUUAUGGUGAAACUAAAAAUAAAAUUAAAUGGUGGAUUCCUAUAACUUUCACUACGCAGUCCAAUCCGGAUUUCUCCAAUACUGUACCUCGUUAUUGGUUACGACCAGAUCAACAUAAUAUAAGCUUCACAAUUAAUCCAGAUGAUUGGAUUAUUGUUAAUUUGCAACUCACUGGAUACUAUCGUGUUAGUUACGAUAUCAAAAAUUGGCAAAAAAUUACACGUUACUUAAAUAGUAAUAAUUAUACAAAGAUACAUGUUCUUAAUCGUGCUCAAAUCAUCGUUGAUGCGUUUAUAUUGAUGCUUGAUGAUCGAAUGAAUGGCUACUCAUUUGUUCAACUGAUAACAUACCUUUCGAAAGACAGAAAUCAUGUGGCAUGGCAAUCAUUAUUCGAAAUUAUAAAACAUAUGCCGAAAGUCCUUUUACUACCGGAAGUGAUAUAUGUCAAGGUACGACUUUAUAAUUAAAGUUACGUAACUUCCAUUGAUAUUCACUAGUUAGUUCAGAUCAGGAUCAUGACUUUGACAACAUAUGUCAAGGUCAUCGGCGAGGUAUAAUCUUUUCACAAUAAUUACCUUAAUUUCUAGAUGCACUUCGAGCAUCUCCUUAACAGUCUUCUUCAGAACAUAAAAUACGAAGAAACGCCUAAUGAUGAUGAUAUCACAAAAUUGACAAGGAUAAACGCCUUAAAAUGUGCAUGUUAUCUUGGUAACGAGGAAUGCAAAAGAGUGACCGCGCUUAAAUUAAGCAAACAUCUCGAGGAUCCCGAAACUUACAAAAUUCCACAAGAGGAAAAAUUUGUGUACUGCGCCGGUAUGAUGGCAGCCAAUAGGACUACUUGGGAUAAAAUGUUCGAAUUAUAUUUAAUUAAAAAAGGAAUAAAAUGGGAACGAAUGAAAUUAUUGAAAGGUUUGAGUUGCGCUGAAGAUCCUGAUAUCAUCAUCAACUAUUUAAAUAUAUCAGCAUUGAAUACUUCAUUAUUUCACAAUAAUGCGCAUUCUUUUAUCUUCAAGUAUAUUCUUGAAAAUCAUGCACGCAACGAUAUAAUCCUUGAGUACAUAUUAAAAAAUUUUAUGAUUAUGCUUCCUAGAUCAUUUACUGCACAUGCAGUGAUAAAACUUAUUCUUGACAAUGUUCAUUCUUACGAACAAAUUGAAAAGGUAAAGAGAUUCUCAGAAACUACUUUCAAUCAUUAUCCACUCAAUUUAGCUGAAAUUAAAGAACUGAUAUACAAUAAAAGAAUAUCUUACGAAAUUGAUAUUAAUGACAACACAGAAUUGGAAAUAAUUGAAACGACAACAUUGAUUAAUGACAACGGUACGAUUUAUAAACCGAUGAAACAUACUCAUAAUAAUGUAACCGACAUUUUAACACUGGAUUUCAAUGAUGUAUUAUCGCCCGGUCUGUAUAUCCUGAAUAUGGAAUUUGUCGGUUAUUUAUCAGAGCCUUCCGAAGAACUGGGUUUUAUGAAAUUUUCGUACAUAGACAAAACAGGACAAAAAUUAGAGUUUGCUAUAACACAUUUCUCGCCGAAUGGCGCCAGACGAAUGUUCCCGUGUUGGGACGAACCAGCAUUAAAAGCCACCUUCAACAUCUCCGUAAUGCACCAUGCAAAAUAUAAGUUACUAUCAAAUAUGCCAGUAAAAGUUAUAUACGCCGAAGAUGAGAUGAGAAGGACAUAUUUCGAGACUACUCCUAUAAUGCCCACUCAUACCGUAGCGAUUGUGAUGUUACGAUUCAUCAGCUUUUCGCACUUAUUACAUGAAACCAUCCAUACAUUUUGGUGUCGUAGAUCGUCAUUAAUACCAGCAUAUCUAUCAUUCGCAUAUGAUGUUUCUGAAAAUGUCACGGAAAUCUUGAUUCAAUAUACCAACAGUUCCUUGAAGAUACCCAAAAUGGAUCAUGUCGUGAUACCGGAGUUUCCAAUUAACGGCAUGGGACAUUGGGGACUCAUCACUUAUGAUUAUUCAAAUCUUAUGUAUGAUAUCGCGAAGGAUCCAACAUAUGCGAAAAUUUCAAUAACAACGUUAGUAACACGUGAACUUGCACUCCAAUGGUUUGGCAACUUAGUUACUCCAUCUUGGUGGCCCUACCUGUGGUUAAGUGAAGGAAUUACUUCGUUUAUCAAAAAAAUCGUAGUCGAAAAGAUUUUCAAAUUAUCAGUAAUGUAUCUAUUGGACGUGGAAGACAUACAACGAUGCUUACUUCAAGAUACAGGUUUAUUGAAUUCUGUCACAUUGAAGACUUCGUUUGGUGAUACUCUAGAUGAACUUCCGUCGCUGUAUUCUACCGAAAUUUAUAAAAAAUGUAAGAUAACUCAGUUUAGCACGGCCACUCCGAACGAUUUGUGGAGAGCCAUGCAAAGUGCUCUAGACGAAUCUGAUAUCCCGCACGAAAACUAUACAAUAAAUGAAGUGAUGGAUACUUGGAUGAAUCAAGAACGUUAUCCUCUUGUACAUGUGGAGCGAAAUUACGAAACUGGCGAAGUAACAAUAUCACAAACAUGUGUCCAGACAUAUUCGGGUGAGAAUAUAACUACUAAAUGGUGGAUCCCUAUAACUUUUGCUACGCAAUCCAACCCGGAUUUCUCGAAUACUGUACCUCGUUAUUGGUUACGACCAGAUCAACAUAACAUAAGCUUUAUAAUUAACCCAGAUGAUUGGAUUAUUGUUAAUUUGCAACUUAGUGGCUACUACCGUGUUAAUUACGAUACCAAAAAUUGGGAAAAAAUUUCACAUUACUUAAACACUGAUAAGUAUGUGAAUAUACACGUUCUUAAUCGUGCUCAAAUUAUUGCUGAUUUGCAUGCCAUGGUAGUGGAUGAUCGAAUAGGUGGUUAUUUAUAUCUUCAAUUGAUAAGCUACCUCAAGCGUGAUACAGAUGGUGUAGCAUGGCAACCAUUGUUAGAUAUUAUACAAACUAUGCCGAAGCCUCUUUUACUGCCAGAAAUGAAACAUGUCAAGAAACGCUACAAGCAACUCCUCCAUAAGCUUCUUCGGCACAUAAAAUACGAAGAAAAUGGUAAUGAUGACGAUGUCACAAAAAUGACAAGACUAACUGCCUUAAAAUGUGCAUGUGAUCUCGGUAACAAGAAAUGCAAGAAAGUGACCGCGCUUAAAUUAAACAGACAUCUCACAAAUCCCAAAACUUACAAAAUUUUACGAGGGGAAAAAUUUAUGUACUGUGCCGGUAUGAUGGCAGCCAAUAGGACUACUUGGGAUAAAAUGUUUGAAAUAUAUGCAAAAGGAACACUAAAAGAGGACCCAAAAAGAUUAUUGAUGGGCUUGAGUUGCGCUAAACAUCCUGAUAUCAUCAUCAAAUCACUUAGUGCACCUACAGUGAUAAAACUUAUUCUUGAUAAUGUUCAUUUUUAUAAAGACAUUGACAAGUAUCUCGAACUAAUUUGUUUCAGAUAAGAUAAACAGGAAUUCGAUAUGAUAUUCCUAAAGUUGUUAUUAAACAUUGGCCUAAUACUGACCAUAAAAACGGUUUUUUGCGUCGGUCAAUAUAGUUUAGAAUAUAUUGAUCGUUUACCGAACAACACGAUACCAAUUCACUAUAACAUCAGUCUGACAUUAUAUCUCGAAGAAGGCAACUUUACUUUUUACGGUAAAUCCAAUGUCAAAUUCAAGAUUUGUUAUGUAUCGUCAAAAAUAAGCUUACACUCGAGAGAAUUAGAAAUAAAUGGAACAGCUACAAUGUUGAUUAGUGAUAAAGGUACGGUUUAUAAACCGAUAAAACAUAUUCAUAACAAUGCAACGAAUAUUUUGACACUGAAUUUCAACAAUGUAUUAUUACCCGGUUUUUACAUCUUGAACAUGAAAUUUUCUGGUAAUCUAUUACCUGUAUCUCUGCGAGGAGGUUUUAUGAAAUUUCCGUACACAAAUGAUAAAAGAACCGACACUAAGUGGUUGGCCGCAACGCAUUUCGAGCCGAAUGGCGCCAGACAAAUGUUUCCAUGUUGGGACGAGCCAGCGUUAAAAGCUACCUUCAACAUUUCUGUAAAGCAUCAUCAGAAGUAUGGUGUAUUGUCGAAUAUGCCAAUACGAGAGCAAUUUUUAGAACAAGAUAGUAUGAUGCAGACACACUUUGACAUCACUCCUAUAAUGUCUACUUAUAUCGUAGCGAUUGUAAUGUCCGAUUUUGUCCGCGUUCCCAAUGCAAACGAGACGAUCAAUAUGUGGUGCAAGUCGUCUUUGACGUCGAAAGUAAAAUUCGCACACAGUAUUGCUGAAAAGGUCGUGGAGUUCUUGAUUCAAUAUACCAAUAUUUUCCAGAAGGUACCCAAAAUGGACCAUGUCUUGAUACCGACUUUUACAGUUUACGGCAUGGAAAAUUGGGGACUUAUCAUUUAUCGUGAAUCCAAUGUUAUUUCCGAUGACAAAAGUGAUCCAAUAUAUAAGAAAGCACAAGCACUGCUGAUAUCACACGAACUAGCACAUCAAUGGUUUGGCAAUUUGGUCACUCCAGUACGCUUCGAGCAACUCUUUAGUAGGCUUUUUUACUACAUAGGAUAUGAAGAAGAUCUUAAUGAUGAUUACAUCACAAAACUAACAAGGAGUAAAGCCUUAGAAUGGGCAUGUCUUAUUGGUCAUGAGGGAUGUAAGAAAAUAACCGCACUUAAAUUAAGUGAAUAUCUCGCUAACAAUGAAAUUCACAAAAUUCCAUUAUUUAUGUAUUGUACUGGUAUGAUGGCAGCCAAUAGGACUACUUGGGAUAAAAUGUUGGAGUUAUAUCUAAAAAAAGAAUUACAACAAAAAGGAGAAAAUUAUGAUGAAAGCUUAUUUUCGGGUUUGAGUUGCGCUGAAGAUCCUGAUAUUAUCAUAAAUUAUUUAAAUAUAGCCAGAAAUGCUUCAUUAUUUCCCAGAGAUGAAUUAUUUACUACGCUUGAAGUAAUAAAAUUUAUUCUUGAAAAUAUUUAUACUAAAGAACAAGUUGAUAAGUCCAAACAGCACAGAAUCUUGCAGCAACACUUUUAUAACGUUGCAGUGUUACUGCUAUAUUAUGUCGGCGGCACAUGCUUUUUUUCCGCUGGAUUUCUAGCUGGAUUAGAAUCUUAUCGCAUUGGCUGCGCUACAAAGUGUAAAAGAGUAAAAUAA